ACUGUAGAGCGCAGUUUUACGAUUGGUUCGCUACCUUGUCUGGAGUAUCACACUUGAGAUACUAUUAUGUAGAAUACUUUUCAUCGCAUUAGAUUGUAAAGGGUUAGGAAGUUGUUAUCAAAGGAGUCUGGAGAAUGCGAAAUCUUAGGAUAUUUGGAGUACUAUAAUGCUGAUGGAAAGUUUGGAACCGAUUUUACGCCCCGCCGAUGUAGCUUCCUUUUUACUUUUGUCGUAUAUAUGCAUUCAGUAUAUAGGUUCGUUUCUUGUUUCUGGUAAAGAUCAUCAUGAAAGAGCUGAAAUAGUGCGUCAAAAGUUGGAAGCGGCUCGCAAAUAUACCCACAGUAAACCAAUUAUCUUGCUGAUAUCUUUAAGUGGAGUUAAGGUUUGUCAUGAAAAUAAGGAGGUGAGGUUUAUCAUAAAUUUCAACACGUAUCUUAUUUACAAUGUAACUAGCGUAAAAGAGAGUAAUUUCUUAACCUUGUUUGACACUUUGUAAUUUCAUUCAAUGUUUUUUUCCAAUGCUUUUGGAAGCGCGUUUAUAUGGCUCAUGCACUUCGACGGAUUUCGUAUGCCACCUGUGACCCAGAAAAUCUUCAGUUUGCCUUUCUUGCCAGGGAACCAAAAGCACAACCGAAUGUCCAAUAUUGUCAUGCUUUCGUCACAGUAACACCUGAGGCAGCCGAGGAACUGAAUACCAUAAUGGGAGAGGUUUUUCGCUUAGCGUAUGCCCAGCAACGUCUUAAUACAGUAACUAACAAUCCUGUUUUGUUUCACCAGUUUGGUCAACAUAUACCAGUUUGUCAGGUUCAGCAAACUCCCAUAACUGUCACAUGUUCUGUUUCUGCUAACCAAAAUAACUCAAUGAGCACAAAAUCUUCAAGUCAAUCUGUUUACGCUGUCAACUUAAAUCCGACCAAUCAAAUAUCCAUGACUAGCAAACUUCUUCCGCCUUUACCAGAAGCUGAUCAUUGUGCAGCAAGUAACCAGACACCUGUUUCUGUCCAGUCUGAAGUGAACAAUACUCCUUCAAGUGAAUUUUGUGCUGUCAGUGACAGACAGAAAGGAAGUAAACCUCACAAACAUAAACAUCACAAACAUCAUCACCGUCAUAAAUUACGAGAUGCAACAACAAGUACGUGCGAACAACUUUCAGGUUCGAGCGACUCUAUUAACCCUACUAUUCUCAAAGUUAAUGAAUCGGAAGGACCCAUAAUGAAGAGUGAGCAGAUAAAGCCACCUCCCCCACCACCGCGUUCUCAUUCAUCAGUAACUUCAUCUACGCAGCUCCCAGCUAAGAAUAUCACAUCUACCCUGGCAGCAAAUCACCAAAGUCCAGUUUUGAAGCAUCAUGAAAAAUUACAUGAAAUGGAAGUAAAUAAAACCCUCCAUGAAAUGACUGAAGAUCUUACUGAUGUUUUACCGUUAGGACCUAAAUCUACGACAUCUGCACUGGCACAACACUUCUAUGAUAUGGCUGAUCAUCGCAGCUGUGGUGGUAUCGCUCUUGACAGAGAAACUCCUAUUCCAGAAAAAGAUAUUCAAGAAAGUAAUGCUCAGUUUAUCAAUGAUAAUGCUCCAGCUAAUACGUCUACAGCAACCACAACGUCAUCAUCAACUACUGGGUGCUCAACUGCCACAUCUGGCUCUGGUCAUCCGGACUCGAGUUCCGAUAAUAGUUUACCAAUUAGCAAACGCUGUACGUGCACUCCAGGUUGCACCAGUGGUGAACAUACGUGCGUUAUAUUUGACAAUAAUCCGCAUCCUGGAGAUUCGAAUCAGUUACUGAAACCCAAUGAACAGCACCUUCCCGUUCCUCCCACAUCUCCAUGCUCCACUCCAAACGUUCCUGCACAAAAUGUUCUUGACGACAUCAAUGAGUUGUCUCAUGCUCCUUGGUACCUUCCAGAUUUACCCCGUGAAAAGGCUUUGGAAAUGCUUGCCAAACAACCUCCUGGAAGUUUUGUUGUCCGAGAUAGCGGAAGUCACCCAAAUAGUUUUGCAUUAUCAGUGCGUUCUAGUAAUGGACAGGUAACUGGUGGCUGUUUCCAUUCUAGACAACCACAUAUACCAGGAAAUCGAAUAAAAGAUACAGUCUCCCAGUUGACAUCAGUUUAUCCAUCUUCUACAAGUGGAAUAACACACUUUCUUAUCCAGAAAACAUCUGGAGGUGGUGUGAAACUCAAAGGAUUAGAUAAAGAAUGGCCAUCACUUGCUUGUCUUGUUUUACACUUAACUGUAAUGCCUGAAAUGCUUCCUUGCCCACUUCGACUUCCAAGAGCUGCAGCAAAUCCCAUCUUCUCGCCUACUGACCAUUGUGUUGGUCACGAUGACUUUGAGAAACCGCCCAAUGUUACUCCGUCACAAUUUCGUCCAAUGUGCAAUGCCUUACAACGUGUAACAGAUACAAUCUCACUAGAUGAAGCUUUAGCUCGUCUGACAGAUGAAGACGAGGAUUACCAACGUUUAUCUGAUUUCUCUUCCAUUAUGGCUGAUUUAAAAUUACAGCCUAGAAAUGUGAAUAGAAAACAUAAAGUUUCAUCUAAAUCCGGUGGCCAUGGUAGAUAGAUGCUUGUUUUUGUUAUUGUUAUGAUACGUAAUCUUAUUAUAAGUAGUAUUGACACUAUCACUUACUACCUAUCAAUGUUCUGUUAGAUAAUUGUCCUACUUUUUUUGUUUUCUUACCUUUGUAAAGUUUCUCUGUAUGUGUGAGAGAGUUUUUAUCGUAUAUUAUUUUCUUUAUUGCAAUACAAACUACCUCUCCAAAUAAAACGAUAAAAUACACCAUGUGUAUCUGUUAAAAGAAUUUCUAGUCCAGUUUCUAUUAAUUAGUUGUUUUUGUUUUUCUUGACUAUCCACAUUAUGCUUGCUUUAAAUGCAUAAUGAUAUUAGUGCAUACGCUAAGUUGUUAUGAUAUAUGCAUAAAUUUACAUUACUUUAUUGUUAAUUAAGUAAUAUUGGUUAGUAAUAACUAAAUUAUAAUCAUGACUUGAUUUCAUUAUAUUUUUGUUGCCAAUUAUUAUAGGUAUACAAUUUUUUAAAAAUUAAACUUUAUUGUCAUUAAUUUUUAUUCUAUUCACUUUUCAAUUGCUUAAUUAUAUAUUUCAAUAUGUAUAUUCUUUAUGUUUCUCUAAUAAUUUCCACCCCUUCCUUUUUUAAUCAUUAUUUGAAUAUCAUGAGUGAUAACAUGUUGUCAACUCAUUUUUGUGUGCCCUCCCCCCUCCCCAACCAGUUCGUUAGAGGUCUUAAUGAUAAUGAUAAUAAUAUUUUUGGUAUAUUAAUUUCUGUUUUUUUUCCGAACAAACCGGUAUAAUUCAUGCAUUCUCAUUUAAAUGUACCAUUUAGCAUUUCCUCCCCUUUGUUUUUCAUUUGCUUUAUUCUCUUGUUUUUGGUCUUAAUUUUAUUUCUCUUUCGUUUUAGAAAAUAAGGAAAUUAAUGCAAAAUACUACCUGGUGUAUUUAUUUAUUGAAGUAAAGUGUUAAAGCAUUUAACUGUUAUACUUACAUUUGCAAUUUAUAUAUAUGCGUAUAUCAUGUCAAGGGUAUUCAUUUUAAUUGUCCUCUUACCAUUGAAAAUAAAGUGUACUUUUAUUGUAUCUAAGUUUUGGCUAUUUCAUUCCUCUUUUUCAAUAUAUUUACAUAAGAUAAUUGGAUGCGGUUUUUUCUUCAUAAGUAUACAAGGUUGUAAAUAGCUUUUUGGAUUAAUUCGUACAUAUUAUAAGUGUCCCAUUACUGCACCAUUACUUUCUGCUGAGAUAUGUUCAUUUUUUUCCUUUAGUCGUCAAAAUCCUUUCAAUUUAUUUCUCAAUUGUUUGUGUCCUAAUGUUGACUAAGUAUCGUAUUUAUAUUUUGAAACUUGGUACAAAUAACAUAUGAACGUUAAACAUUUUCACUUUAUAAUUUAUUUAUUUGGACACAAACGUUACUACUAAGGGGCACCAAAUACAUAUGCGUCAUACAAUUAUAAUGAGGUUGUGAAGAGAUAGAGAAUAGAGGGUAAGUAUUAUAAAGGAAAAGCAAAAACGAACAGAAAUUAGUGAAUGAGAGUGAAAUAACAAUAGUAAUAAUAAGUGAUAGUAUUAAUGGAAGGAACAAUUCAGUAUGGAAAAAUACGACAACAAGGAAUUUCAGUCAAAGAAAUCACGUCCAAAUUUUUAAAAAGAAAGUAGAAUAAAGUCACAGCAGGAUCGCCAUGGACUUCUAUUCUGAGCCGUAUCUGGUAACGUCUCUAGCCAUUGUGUUUCACCAUUUCCUGGAUCCCAACCAAGGAGUCGUGAAGGAUCAACAGUAGCCAGUUCUUCCAUACCACGACACUGUCAUACACUGACCCUAUUAUCUUUUUCCAACCAGUCCCAGGGU